AUGUUGUCUACAAAUGAAUUCACGACAAUCGUUGAUGAAGCAAUUCGACGAGUACUCGGUCAAGCCGCACCCAACUAUCAGCUAGGUCCAUUCGAUGAGACCACUCGCAAAGGUUCGGUCGUUGUGGCCGCAUCAGAUUCGCAUCUAGUAUGGGCUGCAUUGUCGGUUUAUGGUCGACAUUUCGGAACACCAGUUGCGCUUCAUUUGAAUUCGGAUUUUUGUCAUGUGAAAAUGCGGCAACGACUACAGAAACUUCUGUUCUGA